GCUUAGACCACAAUAUACACGUAGACCUUUCGAGUUAAUGUUGAUAGGCCCUACAUUCUCUGGUAAACAAACUUUAGCAAAGGAAUUACUACAAUGUCGACAAGUCUUUUUUCAAGUCAACACUGCCACCGAGAUACCCCAGCAUGAAUUGCCUCGAGUAGACUAUAUUUUGAUUAUGGUGGAUAUGGUCAAUAGAUACAGUCUGGACCUAUUGGAGGAAGCCCUGAAUAGAAUGACAUCAAAAUACAUAACGCACCAUCUGGCCAUUGUUGUUUCCAAAGUGGAUAUUCCUGAAAAAUGGAACAUCAGUAAAAACGAACUACAUACACUCCUGCAACCCUUUCCAGACGUACAACUGUUUUAUGCUAAUCUAGAGAGUCAAUCAGAGAGGAGGACGAUUUCAGAACAGAUUACUCGGCUGGUACAAUUGACUACCCUUCAAUAUCGAAAUCUCGAUACUGAUUAUGUCAAAUCAUAUGAAUUUUACUGUCUUUAAUAACAUUCAUGUGACACAACCGAAAAAUAAACAAUAUAUGAUCAACUUCUAAUCCAAUGCAACUGAGUAAUUUGGUCUUUAGUAGUCAUCUAACACAAAAGCAGCUCUCAUUAUUUCUUGCAACUGUUCUUGUGUGAUGAUUUGACUUUUAAG